AUGCGACACAGCGGAACGCUUUGUGAUGUGACGCUGCACGUGGCCGGCACUGAUCUGCUGGCCCAUCGUGUCGUUCUGGCAGCCACUUCCGCAUAUUUCAAUGCCAUGUUCAGCUGUGAAAUGCUGGAAAAGAGCCUCGAUCGAGUGAGCAUCAAGGAGGUGGAGCCGAUGGCGCUGCAGCUGCUCAUCGACUACGCCUACACCGGACAGAUUGAGAUCACCGACGAGAACGUGCAGUGCCUGCUGCCGGCGGCCAGUUUGCUGCAGAUGGACGUGAUCAGGGAGGCCUGCUGCAGCUUCCUCCUCCGCCAGCUGGACGCCUCCAACUGCCUCGGCAUACGCCUCUUUGCGCACACCCACUCCUGCGAGGAGCUGCAGGUGACCUCUCACCAGUACGCACUGAACAACUUCAUGAAGGUUUCCCAGGAGGAAGAGUUCCUCCUCCUCUCCUUUGAGGAGAUCAGCAGUCUGGUGUCGAGCAGUCAGCUGAAUGUGACCGACGAGGAGACGGUCUACGGGGCGGUGAUGCGCUGGUUGAAGCACAAUCUGAACGAGCGAGAGAAGCACUUUGCCAGUCUGCUCAGCUACGUCCGCCUGCCGCUGCUCUCGCGCGAGUACCUCCUCAGUCAGGUGAUGGGCGAGAGUCUGAUCAGGACGAACUCGGAGGCGAAGGAUCUGCUGAUUGAGGCGAUGCGCUACCACCUCUGUCCGGCGGAGAGGGCGGCGGUGGAGCACAACGCUCACAACGCCCGCACCACCACUCGCCGCCCUGAAGGCCUGCAGCCGGUGAUCUUUGCCAUCGGAGGCGGUUCACUCUUCUCGACAAUCAACAGUGAGUUCGAGUACUACUGCCCGGUCAGUGACCGCUGGACCUACGUGCAGAGCAGUCAACGGCGCUCCCGUGCCGGACUGACGACGCUCAACAACAGGCAGAAGAUUGUCGUCAUCGGUGGCUACAAUGGCUCGAAGGAGCUCAACUCGGUGGAGACCUACUCGCCGCUGAGCAAUGUCUGGGAAACGGGGGCCAGUAUGGGCAGUCCGCGCAGCUGCUUUGGUGUGUGCAGUCUCAAUGGGAACCAAGUGGUGGUCGCCGGUGGAUUCGAUGGAAACGCCGUUCUGAACAGCUCGGAAAUGUUUGACGCCUACGCUAACGUCUGGUACUCCUAUCCAAAUCUGGAGAUCAGAAGAAAGUACUGUCGUCUGGUGGAGCUGAAUCAGUCCAUCUAUGCGGUGGGCGGCUUUGACGGCGUCAACUACCACUCAUCAGUGUCCCGAUUUGAUCCAAGGGAGGGAAAGUGGGUUCGUGUGGCACCGAUGAUCACGCCUCGAAGCAGCUGUGGGGCGACUGUGCUGGCUGGCAAGGUGUACGUCAGCGGCGGCAACGAUGGCAACUCCUGUCCUCUGAGCAGUGUCGAGCGGUACGACCCGACCAUGAAUGCCUGGGAGAGUGUCGCCUCAAUGCAGACCAGACGGAGCACGCACGACCUGGUUGAGGUCAACGACGCUCUGUACGCCAUUGGCGGCAAUGACGGCAGCAGCAGUCUCAAUUCAAUGGAGAAGUACUGCCCGGUGGUGGCGCAGAACUCCGCCAAGUGGACUCCAGUGAAGGCAAUGAACCUGAGGAGAAGCAACCUAGGGGCGGUGGUUCUCUACUGCCAGGACCUGGGCUCCUCCUUUGGUCGUCAGGAGGAGACGAUGCUUUCCUCGGCUGCCUCCCAUUCCACAGUGACCGACACUGAAGUGGCCAUGGACAGAAAGUCCAAUGAAGACAUCAGUCUUCUGCUGCCGCCCGUCUAG